GAACUGUUCAACAUGUAAUUACUUCUCGCGCAUUCACAAGGCCGACACAUUGCGUUAAGGAUACAUGACAAUAUUGACACAUCUAACUAAUCAUUAACCAAAGAGACCAUGUUAUUUUACGCACUUAGUGCAUUUAGCGUUGCAGCAUUUGGAUUAUUUGUAACUGGAGAAUACAUACUUCCUGUAACUACAUGCAAUCAUGAUUCAGUUGAUUAUUCCGCCUGUUUAAAACAUGCUAUGGAAGAAGCAUGGCCGCGUUUUACUGCAGGCCUUCCAGAAAUUGGAUUUCCACCUAUGGAUCCAAUGACUUAUAAAUAUGGUGAAACUACAUUUACUACCGGUGAAUUACAUGGAGUAUUAAUUGUAUCAAAUGUCACUGUUAUCGGAAUGUCACAAUUACAUGUAUCUGAUGUAAGAACGUAUUUUCAUGAUGAAGUUUUUCAUUUAGAAAUUGAUACAUUAAUACCACAUAUCUUUCUACAUGGUGACGUGAUGUUUAAUGGUUUGCUAAAUGUAUUCAAACUUUAUUCUAAAGGUCACUUCAAUCUAACUAUAGGUAAUAUCAAAGGAGUGUGGAAUUUAACAGGACAUGUAAUUAACGAUACAUGGACUGCAGAACAUUUCCUUUUUACGCCAUCGUUUGCACAAUUUAAAGCGGGUUACAAGAGUGUAAUAGGAGAAAACCAAGAAUUAAUGAAUCUUGUCAUAACUUUCCUAAAUGAAUUCUGGCCGUCAAUAUAUCGACUAGCAGCACCAUACCUGAUCAACACGUGGGAUUCAUGGUUGGCUAAUAAUUUUGCCAAUAAAUUUUUCUCAAAAUUUCCCUUCUCAGAAAUAUUUCCAUAAAAUUCAAAUAUAGUGUUAAUAACUGUCGUAAUAGCAUUCAUGUGCAGAAAAACGAACUAAACUAAAUCGAAAUGUGCUGUAUGUUAAUGACACAAUUAUAGUUACGCCCUACUCCUAUGUAUCCAAUACCCUUGUAAACAACUCGUGAAAACUGUAAUACUUUUUAACUUUUGUUUAUGAGCAAAAUAAAUAAAUAAACUUAAAGAAUUAA